ACGUGCUUGCAUGAACUAUAUUUUUUGUAUUAAACGGUGUGCAGCACGCGCUUGAACACAGUACUCGUACAAUUUACAGCGUGCUUUUCGCGAUUGCACAGAUGCUAUUUUUGUGUAUUAAAGUAAUUUGUUGACAGAGGAGAACUCUUAGAAAAAUAAUUUCCGAAGUUCUUGACAUUAGCUUUUUUUUUUUUUUUUUUGAAGAAGUGAAAUGGACCAGAAGUUAAAGAUCUCAUCUGCAUAAUUUGGGAAGGACAAUGUGCUCAUAAACUUGCACUCAGGGCAGGUUGUGUGGCCGUUCUGUACUUUGUGGGUUUUGGACUGCGCGGGACGUUCCACCAGCGGCUGCUCCACCCUGAUCCUGAGCCUGCAGGUUCUGGAACUCCCCCCCGUCCCCCCCCGUCCCAUCCCCCAGCCCUGGCAGCGACCAUGCUGGUGAAAGAGUACCGCAUCUGCAUGCCGCUGACCGUGGAGGAGUACAGGAUAGGCCAGCUGUACACCAUCUGCAAGCACAGUCACGAGGCCAGCGACAAGGGGGAGGGCGUGGAGGUGGUGCGGAACGAGACCCACACCGACCCCGUGCACGGGCAGGGUCAGCUCACGGAGAAGAGAGUUCACCUGUCCAGCAGGCUGCCAGGCUGGGCCCAAGCUGUCGUCCCUCGUAUUUUUUACAUCACAGAAAAGUCUUGGAACUACUAUCCUUACACAGUCACAGAAUACACAUGCUCUUUUUUGCCAAAGUUUGCAAUUCACAUAGAAACUAAAUACGAGGACAACUGUGGGAUCAAUGAAAAUAUAUUCAGUGGGGACAAAAAUGAGAUCGAUCAGGAAGUGGAUUUCUUGGACAUUGCCUUCGAUGACGUGCCCGACAGACACUACAGGACCUCUGAGGAUCCUAGGCACUUCUCCUCUGUGAAAACGGGGCGGGGCCCCCUACAGGAGGGGUGGAGGGAGAGCAGCAGACCGGUCAUGUGCUCCUACAAACAGGUGGCUGUCCAGUUUGAGGUGUGGGGCCUCCAGACCAGGGUGGAGCAGUUUGUGCACAAGGUCAUCAGAGAUGUUCUGUUGGUGGGACACCGGCAGGCGUUUGCCUGGGUGGAUGAGUGGUAUGGAAUGACCCUGGAGGACGUGCGCAAGUUUGAGAGCCAGAUGCAUUUAGCCACCAAUCAGAAGCUGGGAUACUACGAGCCCUAGCUAACAACAGACCCCGCCCCCCAACCCCACAUACCCACAGGCGUCCCCACAGAUAAUGGGACAGAUGUGGCGAUGGUUGUGGUGAAAGAGUUGGAGGGGGUGAUCCAGGGAGCCUCCAAGGUGAGAAAAUACGACAUGUGACACCGGACAUCUUAACCCACAAGGCCUCCCAUGUGCCCAGCAGCAAUGUCCUGACCACGCCUGGCAACGGACCCCCCCCCCCCUCGGUCCUCUACUGCUAUGCUUCACCACCAUGCCUGUCCCACUGUAUGUGCCACUGCCCCCACCCAAAAAUCCAUUCUGAUUUACACUUGUUUAUCCUCUCUUUUUUUAUAUAUCUCUAUAUAUGGGCUUAAUAAACAUUUUGCAGCAGGUCUGCUAUUGGUCAGGAUUAUUUUAUAUGUACAGUUUAUGUUAUAUUGUUGUUUUGUGUUUCUCCCAAAGGAGAGGUCCCUCAAAAUAAUUCUUCUACAGACUGCUAAAAUCAUUAAUCAUUUAUAAAUAGGGCCACCAAAUCGUCUCCAAUGUUUGUCAAGUGCACUUCGGUCCACCACCAAGAAGUUGACAGGAUUAUUGACAAGCCACAUGUUUUAGGAUUAUUCUGAUUGCAUCACCCAAAUAAUCUAUGGUGAUCAAGUAAUUACCACAAAUUAAGCAAAAACGAGUGUUAGUGUUGUUCACAAGUCACGCUCUUGCAUUCAAUUCAGUUUUGUUCUUAAAGGCUGUGGACAUGGGCACUAUUUUGAAAUGUUGUACAGAUGAUGUUUUUUGUUAGAAUCUGUGGGAAAUGUAUAGCUUUCAGGAGGUGUGUUAAAAAUGAUAAAUAAAAGUUAUGAAAGUCAUGUACACUGUUCAAAUAAAAAUGAAAGUUUCUACAUUCUGAUUUGAUCAUGUCAGUUGUUUAACAGUCCCCUAUGUCAUUGAAGAUGCUUGGUGAAAACAUGUCUUUAUGAAGAGACCGUUCUGCAUCACCAGAAUUGGUUAGGAUGGACUGUAUGAAGUAUGAUUUCGACUUUUGAGUAAGAUUUACAAAUAUUUGUUCAGGUAUAUGCCAGAAUUCUCCCAGUAACAUUGCAGUGAUAUUUUGCUGUGCUAAUAAUUUAUGGCCCAGCUUGGAUCUACACUUCUAUUUAAAAUGUGGAAUUGAGUCUAGGGGGAGGGUUUUCAUGUCAAAGUCUGUACGCUUCCUUGGGAAUAAAAAUUCUUGACAAUCUUAAGAUGUACUUCCUGUGAGCUAGUUGAUAUAAACAUGGCUUUUGAGUUGA